AUGGUCGAGGUGGGAGCGCCGGGCGCGGCCGCGCACGCCGUGGCGUUCUGCCGCGCGUGCACCUGCGCGUUCCCCGUGGUCCUCCUCGUCUUCCUCGCCGCGUUCACCUCCCUGCCCGGGCGCUACGACUCGCACGUCGUCGUCCGGAGCUACGCCGGGUACCUGCCCGUGGUGAAGGACGAGCCCGCCGUGUUCGGGCCGCGCGUGCCCGCGGACGGCGUGACCGCGCGGCUCGAGGAGGCGUCGCCGAAAGAGGCGUGCGAGGCCCUGACGAAUAAGUACGAGGGGCGGUGGAUAGCCCUCGUGCAGCGCUCCUUCGGAACGGAGAAGUGCGACUUCGUCACCAAGGUGAGAAACGCGGAGAUGGCGGGCGCCGUCGCGGUCGUCGUCUUCGACAACGUCGACGGCCCGCUGAUACCCAUGGCGAAAAAGAACGAGGACAACGACGUGAACGUUCCAUCCGUCUUCGUCUCCAAAGAAUCAGGCGAGGCGCUGGAGACUUUACUGAACGACCCGAAGCACGGCAAGACGGUGGUGGUCACCCUGGAAUCGCCGGACUCGCCGUUCGACGACUGGCCGAACGUGGCGACCAGCGCGUGCGUCACCUUCGGCGCCCUGUGCGUCCUGCUCUCCGUCGUCCUCGUGUUAAAGCGGAGGGAGCAGGCGCACCUCGCGGCGAUGGCUGCGCAAAGGCCGCCGGAGACGCGGCUGCUCAGCGCGGAGGAGGUGGCCGCCGUGGCCAAGACCGCGGUGUUCUCCAGCCAAGAGCGCGUGCUGAGCUUCCUGCGCGGGGCUACCUGCGGCGGGGCACAUGCAUCCGCGGGGGAUGGAGACGGCGAGGACGAUAAGCUCGUGGUGGACAACGGCACCGGCGACACGUGCGCGGUGUGCAUCGAGGAUUACGAGAGCGGCGACGAGCUCCGAGCGUUGGACUGCGGCCACGCGUUCCACAAGGACUGCAUCGACCCCUGGCUCAUCACCAAGCGCGCGUGCUGCCCCGUGUGUAAGCACGUCAUCGCGCCGCCCCCGCCGCCGGAGAACGUUCCGGACAGUCGGCGGCGCAGGCGGAGCAGGUGGUCGGUGCUGAGCAACGCAUCGGUGGCGACGGUAGGCGGGGCGGAAUCGGCGGACGAGUCGGACCUCGAGGCGCCCCUGCUGCCCGCCUCGUCUCCGGCCCGGUCGUUGCGGCGGGGUGUGAUGCGAUGGCUGACGCGGCGGACGGCCGCCGGUCAUCCGGACGCGUCGCCAGCUGUGUCUCCCGACUCGGACGCCGACGAUUCAGACCCGGGGGGGGUCGACGACGGAGGCGACGAAUCGACGGGACCCGGCGGGGGUGAGGAAGGGCCGGCGGGAGGGGACUUGGAGGCUGGCGAGGCGCGGGCGGGUGGCGCGGAUGGAACGGACGGGGAGCAGUGACUGCGCUGUGCAAACUUAGGAGCGACGCGUUCGAGGAGCGACGAUCGCCGCCGCGGCUUUAAAAGACAUCUCUCUACUUGUUGAU